AUGGGGGCAGGGACGUGGGCAACUACCUUUUGCGUGGGCACCGUGGCGCUGCUUGCAUCGGGCGCGCUCUCAGACGUCAUCGUCACGGACGGCAGCCAAGGGCGCCCGGUCGCGAUACUCCCCUCCGCACCGGCACAGUUCACUGCACCGAACGUUCGGUCGGUGCGCGGCGAGCUCGUACUUCCAGAGCCCGCAGAUGCAUGCGACGUGAUCGUGGGCCCCGCGGCGGUCGGCGCGGAGCCCUGGGUGGCGCUCGUCGAGCGCAGCGGGUGCACGUUCGAGACCAAGGCGCGCAACGUCGCGCAGGCCGGCGGCGCGGCGGUGGUGGUGUUCAACAACGAGCGGAGCGCGCAUCUGCUCACCAUGACCGCCGACGGACACGGAAACGUCGUGCCGCCCAUCCCCGCGGUCUUCGUGUCGAAACAGUCCGGGAUCGCGCUCAGAGAGCUGGCCGAGGACGCGCAGCCCGGCGCGCUCGAGGUCGAGGUCACGCAGCCCGGCGCGUUCGAGCAGGCCCUCGCGCUGCUCUUCCAGGCCCUCGCCGUCCUUGUUUCCAUGGGCACCAUCGCAUCCGUGUGCUACCUGACCGGGCAGUACCGCGUCGCCCGGCGCCGCGGCCGCAUCGUGACGCUGCGCACGGGCAUGAUGGGCCUGUCCCGCGCUGAAAUCGACCAGCUCCCCCUCGUCGAGUUCGCGGGCGAGGGCGCCGACGCCGACGACGCCAUGCUCGCACAACACCAACAGCCCCCCGGGCCUGACUCAGCGGGGCCGCUCGAGGACGCGCUGCUGCCGCAGCCGCGCAGCGAGGGCGCGUCGGGGUCGGCGUCGUCCGCGGAGAGCUGGGUGCUGCAGGAGCCGUGCGGCGGCGGCACGCGCGUGACGUGCGCCGUGUGCCUGGACGAGUACGUCCCGGGCGAGGCGCUGCGCGUGCUGCCGUGCACGCACCGGUUCCACCGCGGGUGCGUCGAUGGGUGGCUCGGCACGCGGCCGCAGUGCCCCGUGUGCAAGAUGCUGAUUCGGGAAAAUUUGGAGCAGCCGCGCCCCGCGCCGUCGCUGAGCGCGGUGGCCGCGUGGGUGCUCGCGGCGCUGCGGCGGGCUAUCUGGCCGCCGGCGCGGCCGGGCGCGGACGCCGGCGGGCGGGCGGGGGGGACUGACGAAGAACAGCCCCCUGCGGAGGCGGGCGGGGGCGGCGGGUGA